ACAUGGGUACAACAUGGGUACAACGCCACAUUAAUUCAAAUUUCCUGAUAUUUGAGCCACCAACGUGCGUGGCUGCGUGCGCGGCAACAUUUUGGUCACCCCCGACAAAAUCUCACUCACGAUUUCAGUUCAAAGCGGUGUGCCUUGUGAUUAUGGUUCUGUGCCUCAUUGUUGGAUGUGGGACUAAUGAUUCAGAAUAUGGGUUUAUCAGCUCAACAAGACAGGCUAUUACUUCAACUGGUCAUCUACUUCAGCUUCACUCGGCGUCUGAGCGUCAGGACUGUUCUCAUGUGUUUCUGUUGACACAUCGGGUUGUGGGCUCGUUUCCAUUGACUCUCGUCAAUAAUCUCUUUUUGCUUUCUCGCCGAGCGAAAAUCAAUGUUUCACUUGCGCAAAAGGAACUGUGGAUGGAAACUUGGGAGGAAGCCAUGAACAUGGCAACUCCGUCGGGCGAUGUCUGCCUUUACUCUGUGAUUCAUGUCGAGGUAAAAUAAAUCACUGGCUCCAUGGGAACAGCAUCAGCACGGCCAGCCAAACAGGUACUGCUGGUCCUGAAGGAGCUGGAAGCGGCUUCAUCCAGACACUCGUCCUGGAGGCGGAGCUGUGCGACUACGGAUCAUAUAUGAACCCAGACACGGGGCGCUUGACGUGGUAUUUCUACAGCAAGUAUAACGCAGAAAUAGUUGUUAAUGUCCCAUGGUCGAUAGCGGAAAUGAAAACUGUUUGACAGGAAUGUGACCGGGCUAUGUGCUGGUAACUAGGGGUAACUAGCGAAUUAACCACAAAGUGUUGAGCGAGUAAAAUCAGGUAAAAAAGCGUUGCGAAUAUUCAAUUCCAACCGCUGAAAUCUGUCUUUGGUAAUGCAGAAGGACACGAGGUGGCUGGACUCUCGCAUAAUCAAACAGGACACAACAGGUCAACUUCUCCUGACCUUUCAUAAGUGGACCCCAAGAUGUGAGAUGCUGACGUCACGUGAAUACGCUCUAUAGUCUUUAAAAAUCCUAAAAUACAGGAUCCAGAGUCCCACAGAUAACCGGUUACUGAAAUGGAAAAGUUUGAGAAUAAACUCUCCAGCAAUAACAAAGCCCAAAGUCCACAGAAGAGGAUGAAACUGGAGAGUGACGAGAGGACGGCGCAGCAGGAGGACGAUGAGGAAGACGAUGAGGAAGACGAGUUCUCUCACCCGGUUCCCUGGCAGAAAGUGGAGGCGGAGGGACUCGACUGUGACUAUGCUCUGCUGCUCUCCACAGAGGAAGCAGACCAGCUGUUUAAGCAGCUGGAGGAGGAGGUGGUGUACUCGACAGGGGAAGAAGCAACGGUCCAGGUGUUUGGAAAGGUGCACGGCAUCCCGAGAAAGCAGGCCACGUAUGGCGAUGCGGGUCUGACCUACACGUAUUCUGGAGUGCCGCGUUCAGCCCGGCCCUGGACUCCGACCUUGGAAUAUAUUCGGGAUGUUGUCACGAAAACAACCGGACAAACAUUUAACUUUGUUCUGGUCAACAGGUACAGAGACGGUCGGGAUCACAUGGGCGAGCACCGAGACGACGAGAGGGAGCUGGACCCCCUCGCUCCCAUCGCCUCCGUCUCUCUGGGAGCGGCGCGAGACCUUAUCUUUCGCCACAGAGACGCUCGCGGGAGACACGGCGUCCGCCAGAUGGACCCUGUGAAGCUGGAGCUCGCUCACGGAAGCUUGCUCCUCAUGAACUCCCCGACCAACACGUUCUGGUACCACAGCCUCCCGGUCCGGAAGAAGACGUCCCUGCCUCGCAUCAACCUCACCUUCAGACGCGUCCUGCCGGGCAGAAGGAGAGGGUCACGUGAGCAUCCUCUCCUCUGAGCACGGGGCCCACCAUCUGGGACGAAGCGGAGGACGGACCUGUUGCUGGGCACAUGGAUAUCACACAUUGAAAAUGUAUUUGUUCAUAGGAACUGAAUCUGGGCGACUAAAUGACAGAACCAGGGUUUAAAGUACAUGUUUAAAAUGACAGGAGUCCAAACUCCUGACUCACUUCCAUGAGGUCCCUCAGGAAACCAUGACCUGAACAUGCAUCCUUCUGAAAACGGUCCGACUCUCCUUGAGUGCAGCGCUGACGGCUCCGUUAGCAUCGGGUUGCACUGAAUGCUCCUCUUCGUGCCUGAUAGCAAAUCACUGUUUAUUAUGGUCACUGUAUGGGGGACUGAGGUCAGACCUACAGUGGGAGGGGUUUAAAAUAAAACCAUUUUAAUUCAAUAGAUGUAAUUAAAUUAAAAUACACCGACAUGCAAAACAAAGGAACUAUUUCCAUAAGGAAGCAGGUCUGCUUUAAAUAAAACGAGAUGAAACCCAGACGAACCCCCAAAAACAGAUUCAACUGACAUAAAUUAAAUUUAGGAAACUACAAUCAGUUGUCGGCUGCAACAACGAAAACAAAUUGAUUAUUAAAAUAGUUUGAUUAAAAACGGCGACCCGCUGCAGCUUCGGAGCUUCAGCGUCUGACACGGACGCAUCAGGAAGUCUCUGCUUGAUAUUCUAUCGUCUCAAAAGUACCAAUAAUGACCCUGGCUCUA